CGAAACCCCACUCAGAAAGACAAAAUCAACCAAUGCCGGCUGCGUCCGGAGAUGGGUCCAGCAAGGCGCGCGAGCUUGAAGGCGGCGGCUGCUUCGUCCUCCAUCGGGCAGCGGCAGAUCUGGCCGAUUCCGACGCGUUGGCCUCCCGAUCUGAGUUCCUCGCCUGCAAGCACUGGCCAUGGCGCCGCCGCGUGUGCGGGAGCUGGGGGAGAUGUACGAGCUCGUGGAGGAGGUCCUGAUCCGCAUCCCGCCGGACGACCCCGCGGGCCUCAUCCGCGCCUCCCUCGUCUGCAAGGCUUGGUGCGGCCUCGUCUCCGGCCACGCCUUUCGCAGCCACUACCGCGUCUUCCACAAAACACCUCCCAUCCUAGGCUUCCUACAGAGCUGGGAGGAGGAAGGCCAGCGCUUCGUCCCCACCACAAGAUUCCGUCCCCGCAAUUGCAAGCCGUUGGACAGUUCUGUGCUCGAUUGCCGCCAUGGCCGCGUUCUUCUUAUGUGUUACUACGAUGGGUAUGCGGAUGCGGAUGAGAAUGAGGAGGAAGAUUAUUACGAGGAAUAUGAAGCGAUGGUAGUCUGGGACCCCUUGUCUGGGAGACGAACUAAGUUGCACAAUCCUGACAUCUUCAACCCCCUCAUCAACGGGACAAACUAUUCGGCCACGGUGCUCUGCGCGGCAGAUGGCUGCAACCAUGACGCCUGCAACUUGGCCCCAUUUUUGGUGGCUUUUGUUGUCCUUGAGAGCUCAGAUUCUCUAUGGCUUGUUGGCUGUGUGGAGGGCACUGAUAUCCUUGUUGUGGCCACAGAUAUUGGUGCAUUCACAAUUGAUCUCAAGUCCUUGAGAUCAAGGAAGUUGUCGAGUAAGCCGUUCGAGGACAUAUGCUGA